CGACUGGGGACGUUAGCUGUUGUUUAUAAGGAAGUGAGGUCUCGCUGUCGUCCUCAGAGGGAAGUCAGCUGUAUCCCAGACAACAUGAGAGCUCUCGUCCUGCUUGCUUGCCUGUCGGUGAGCUGUCUGGCCCAGAGACCGCAACCAUGCACAUCCCCGGCACUGAUGACCGGUGACCUCUAUGUGUCCACCCAGAGUGAGAAGCUGACGGCCUUCGCCAAGUACAUGUACGACGCGCUGGGAAAGAGGAUCCGUCUCCGAGAGGUUGGAUCUUACAACAACAAAACCUUCGAGCUCGACGUGCUUCUCCUCUACAGACAGGGUGUUGUUUACAAGAUAAACCACAAGAACAGCACGUGCUGCAAGAAGCGCCUGUGCACCAAAUUCCACCCCCUGGAGAUCCCGGAGAACGCCUCCCUGCUGGGUCAGUCUGUGCUGGGCAGCUCCUCGGGGCCGGGGCAGGGGCUCCUGGUCAACAACUGGUACGGGGAUCUUCAGAUGAAGAAAGGAACGGCCAAGUACCUGAGCCAGGUCACCGAGUUUGGAUGUGUCCCCGUCAGCGUUCUGUAUCACACGGACCAGAGCGGAUGGGUGGUGACCAGCUUCUACAACAACGUCAUUGGCCUCACGGACCCUCAAAUGCUCUACCCGCCACCGUUUUGUCAGGAUGCACGGCUGGAGGAUGAGGAUGGAGAGGAUCCAGAAACCUUCUUCAGCUUGUUUUAAAACAGUUUAUCUUCCAGAAAUGUGCUCCAGUGUCUGCACUGCACUAAUCUUUGCACUGAAUCCUGAUUUUUCCUCCUGGAGAAGGAUCCUUGUUGCCGCUGACUGAUGCAUUUUGCUACUUUGUACUUCUGACUCUUGCAAUGACAACAGAUAUUCAAAUGUAUUCUAAUCUAAUUGUUUAUUACAAGUUAAAGGUAGCCGAGAACGGAUGUGUACCAUGUAAAUUUACUCCCACUGGAGUAUUAACAAUCAGAAAAUGCAGAUUAAUAAAGCAGGUGAACUCAAA